UUGACCUUGCAGCAGAUGACCUGCGCGUGUGCGAUUUGCCGAGAAUAUCAAGGAUCUACACUCUUGGUCACGUACGUCACACCGUAACCCUUCCACCAUGGCCAUCCUGAUUCCUACAUAACGGCCCCCGCUUCCUUACGUCCUCUCCUCCCAUCACAUCUAACCCCCUACCCACGUAAACACCAAACACCACACACAAUGGACGCACUCAAAUCCAAACUCGGCUCCGCCAUUGGAAAAGACCUCGGUGGAUCCCAAGGUCCUGGGUCUAGCACCGGACAAGACGUUUCUGGUUCUGGUACUUCUGCCAAUACAAACACCGGGACUGGCACUCAAACUGGUACCGGUACGGGAGGUUUGCAGGGGUUUGAGAAUAAAGAAUUGGGGAGUUUCGAGCAGAGGGAGGGGUUACCGGAUAAUCAGCAAGUUAAUUCGGAGAUUGAGAGGGAGUUGUAA